AUGGCAGAGGGGAAGAUAGUAUACCAUGGCCCCUGCAGUCAAGCACUCCAGUUCUUUAAGGAUUGCGGUUUCUGGUGCCCUGAAAGAAAAGGAGUGGCAGACUUUCUUCAAGAGAUAACCUCUAAGAAGGAUCAAAGGCAAUACUGGUACCGCACGGAUAUUCCUUACAGUUAUGUUUCAGUGGAUGAGUUCUCUCAAAUUUUCAAAACAAGCUACUGGGGAAGAAUGUUAGUUGAUGAGCUCUCACAACCAUAUGAUAAAUCUCAAUCCCAUGAAAGUUCUUUAUCAUAUAGCAAGUACUCCUUAGGAAAAUGGGAUUUGUUUGAAGCUUGUAUGAAGAGGGAGAUUCUUCUCAUGAAACGAAACUCGUUUAUCUAUAUAUUCAAAACUGUGCAGCUUACAAUCACUGCAACCAUAACAAUGACGGUCUUUUUGCGCAGACAACUUGACGUGGACUUGUUAGGAUCAAACUAUUUAUUAGGUUCACUGUACUAUACACUUGUACGCCUAAUGACAAAUGGAGUUGCCGAGUUGAUAAUGACUAUUACUAGACUACCCGUUGUUUAUAAGCAGAAAGCAUUAUAUCUCUAUCCAGCUUGGGCUUACUGUCUUCCAGCUGCCAUACUAAAGAUUCCAUUUUCAGUCCUUGAUUCUCUUGUUUGGACAUCAAUAACAUAUUAUGUUAUAGGCUACAGCCCAGAAAUAACAAGGUUCCUCCGCCAGUUCCUUUUGCUUAUCGCUCUGCACAUGUCAUCAACCUCUAUGUGUCGUUCCCUUGCUGCAGUUUUUAAAACUGAUGUUGCAGCUACAACUGUUGGUUCUUUGGUCUUAGUACUCAUGUUCUUGUUUGGAGGCUUUAUUCUUCCUCGACCAUCAUUACCAAAGUGGUUGAGGUGGGGUUUUUGGCUUUCUCCCAUGUCAUAUGGGGAAAUAGGAAUAACACUCAAUGAAUUUCUUGCUCCUCGUUGGCAAAAGAUUCAAGAGGGAAACAUCACUGUUGGAAGAGAGGUUCUCAAGAGUCGUGGUUUAGACUUUGAUAGCAACUUUUUUUGGAUAUCAAUUGCAGCAUUACUUGGUUUCGCAGUAGUAUUUGAUAUCCUAUUUGUUGUAGCAUUAACUUACUUAAAAGAAAUGGUUGAAAAGGAGGAAAGUGAUACAGAAGCUUUUAAAGUUUUUUUUGGAAAGGAGUGUCCAGGCAGGGUACGCUGUUAUGGGAGAAACAUAACUAAAACUUCCUUAAAGAGAAAGACAGAGAUUAAUGCUUUGAAACAAGCCCACAGUGAAGAGGUCUCUACAUUAAGGGACGAGUUUCAAGAUAAUAUUGAUAGAUUGCAAAAUGCUUUUAAGACCGUAAUACAACAAUGCAAUCCUCAAAUUAAUAUAGAGUCAAUUGAAGAUUUGUUAGGAUUAUCUCAUGGAGAUGCUAAUAGUUCCCCAAAGGAUAUAAGACCGCAAAUGCAUUCAUCUACAUCAACUCAUGCUCCAUGUCAUGGAAAGCAAUGUAUCAAUGAAGAUGUUGAAAAGGACGAUAUAAAUGAUGAAAUUCAAGAGGACGACAUAAAUGAUAAAAUUCAAGAGGACGACCUAAAUGAUAAAAUUCAAGAGGACGACGUAGAUGACGAAUUUCAAGAGGACGACAUAGAUCUAGAUGAUGAAUUUCAAGAGGAGGAUAUAGAUGGUGAAUUUCAAGAGGACGACGUAGAUGAAGAAUUUAUGGAGGAUGACAUAUCUAACGAAUUUCAAGAGGACGAUCUGGAUGCUUUACUCCUAGAAGACAAACUUGAAUGA